CCGCACGUGAGGCGCGCGGCGCUGGAAAGGCCAGCGAGCCUCGCGGAAGGGUCGGGCCCCGCCGAGGGGAGGCGCCCCGCGUGGCGACAGGUGCGGGCGCUGGGGCAGCCUUUGAACCUCGCUCCAGUGGCGGAGGAGGAAGGUACCGGGCCGGGUCCCCGGCCCUCGCGCCCCGGAUGGAUGUUCCCGGCCCGGGGUCCCGGCGGGCGGCGGCGGCGGCGGCCACCGUGCUCCUGCGCACGGCUCGGGUUCCCCGCGAAGGCUGGUUCCUGCCCACCUCGCUGCUCUGCUCCUAUGGCUUCUUCGCCAACCUCAGGCCGUCCGAGCCCUUCCUGACCCCCUACCUGCUGGGGCCCGACAAGAACCUGACGGAGAGGGAGGUCUUCAAUGAAAUCUACCCAGUGUGGACUUACUCGUACCUGGUGCUGCUGUUCCCCGUGUUCCUCGCCACGGACUACCUCCGCUACAAGCCCGUCAUCCUGCUGCAGGGCCUCAGCCUUAUCGUCACCUGGUUCAUGCUGCUCUACGCCCAGGGGCUGCUGGCCGUGCAGUUCUUGGAGUUCUCCUACGGCACCGCCACGGCCACCGAGAUCGCCUACUACUCCUACAUCUACAGUGUGGUCGACCUGAGCAGGUACCAGAAGGUCACGAGCUACAGCCGGACCGCCACCCUGGUGGGCUUCACGGUGGGCUCGGUCCUGGGGCAGAUCCUCGUCUCCGUGGCGGGCUGGUCGCUGUUCAGCCUGAAUGUCAUCUCUCUCACCUGUGUUUCCGUGGCUUUUGCUGUGGCCUGGUUCCUGCCCAUGCCGCAGAAGAGCCUCUUCUUCCACCACGUGCAUCCCACCCGCCAGGGGGUGAACGGUAUCAAGGUGCAGAACGGUGGCGUCACACAGAACGGCGGUAUUGUCAAUGAUACCGUGGCUUCCCACCACCUCCCUGGCUGGGAGGACGCCGAGUCAAAAAUCCCCCUGCGUGCAGAAGAGCCGCCCACGGAGGAGCCGGGGCCCCCGGCGGACCGGCUGCUGGUGCUGAAGGUGCUGUGGAGCGACUUCCUGGUGUGCUACUCCUCGCGCCCGCUGCUCUGCUGGUCAGUGUGGUGGGCCCUGUCCACCUGCGGCUACUUCCAGGUCAUCAACUACGCGCAGGGCCUGUGGGAGCAGGUGAUGCCCUCCCGCCACGCGGCUGUCUACAACGGGGGCGUGGAGGCCGUGUCCACCCUGCUGGGCGCUGUUGCCGUUUUUGCGGUGGGCUACAUAAAGAUACCCUGGUCCACCUGGGGAGAGAUGACGCUGUCCCUGUUCUCGCUCCUGAUCGCCGCCGCGGUGUACACCAUGGACACCGCCGGCAGCAUCUGGGUGUGCUACGCGUCCUACGUCGUCUUCAGAAUCAUCUACAUGCUGCUCAUCACCAUAGCGACUUUCCAGAUCGCCAGCAACCUCAGCAUGGAGCGCUACGCCCUGGUGUUCGGGGUGAACACCUUCAUCGCUCUGGCCCUGCAGACGCUGCUCACGCUCAUUGUGGUGGACGCCAGCGGCCUUGGCCUGGACAUCACCACUCAGUUCCUGAUCUACGCCGGCUAUUUUGCACUUAUUGCUGUGGUUUUCCUGGCCAACGGUACAGCCACGGUUAUGAAGAAGUACAGGAGGCAGGAAGACCCAGAGUCAAGUUCGGAAGUAACCAGUGCGUAGGCACCGCCGCCCGGCUGCUGCUCACAGAGGGGCUCCGCACAGCCACGGUCUCGGGACGGACUUAAUUCUCACGGUGUAGACAUGCACUUGUGAAUGUGCAUUUCACGGCUUCAAAGCAGCCGGCUGACCACACGUGUGUUCCAAGAGUAACAUAACAGUGUUCAGAGAAGCAGAAGUUUAUUUCGUGGAUUAUUUAAAGAUGACUUUUUUUGGAUUCAAAAGGGAACUUGAUUUUGAAAACCAGGUUACCGCAGUCAGGCAGCACAUGCUGCUGUGCACUUGAGAGCAAGGGAGUUGGGUGUGUCCCAGGUCACGUGCUUCUGUGUCUGACGAGCCAGGUUAGCCCGGUGGGGACCGGGGCUUCGCAGGGACCACGAGAUGUUACAGCUUAAGGUAGAAGUGUGUUGUGACAGCACCUGCCUCCGUUCAACUCAGUUCUUGUUUUGUGUUACUCGUGUGCACUUGUGUUUCUGCAGAUGAAAGCGGUUCUUCUCACAAGCAAUAUUUGCUCUGGUUAGGUGUCCUGUCCUAUAAGGAGUGUGUCAUUUCUAAUAAGUUAUUUUUAAAAAAUUCAUUGUAUGAAUGUUCUCAGUUCCCAUCUUGACAGUUGUGUAUUUAUGUAGAUUUUUGUUAGAAGUACAUGUUUGCAUCAUUCAUAUGCUUCCCAGAGAAGCUCAUUCAGUUAGAAAAUAAGGCAAGUUUUGAAGCCUGCUAAUAAUCCGAACGAAGAGACCUAAUCCGAAAAAGUAACGUAGGUUUCCUCGUCUUUUAUUCUUCAGUAUGAAGGGCUGUUAAUUCCUUGGAGAAAAGUUAGAGUAUGGGCUAAAGACGCAACUAGCCCACUCUGUAUUUUCAUUCUCUUUUAUUUCCGAAAUAAAACAAAAAAGUCUUUUUUAAAAAAUAACUUCAUCUCCAUUUAGAGCUUUUAUAUUUGUCCUUCACAUCCAAGAUAAGGGUGUCAUUGGUAGUUGGAUUAUUCCAAGGCCUUUUCCACAAACUCAGCCUCUUUUUGAUUAUUUCAGUGGGACAGGAACCAGGAUAGGUGUGAUCCCUGCAUUUUGUACAUUCAAUCUGCCUUUGCUUCGAAGAGUGGAUCAUCUUGAAUGUUUGCUUAAAGCAACAACUGCUAAUGAUUCCAUUCCCAAGGUACUUGAACAAAUACUAUUCCGUAUACAUUUAAUCCUCAAAUCAGUCUACCAGGUGGCUGCUAGAGUAUGGGAGACAUAAACACUUUUUUUAAUUUAAUAUUUAUUGUGUUUUUUUCCAUUACCGGUUAGUCCCCUUACACUCCUCUCCCCGCUGCGAUCACCACACUGCUGUCCACGCCCGUGCGUCCUUCUCCCUCUCUGCUCAGUCCCUCUAUUUUAACACUGUUUUAAAGCCGACUUUGUUGCCUUAUCUUGAAAAGAAUCUAGGUAGCCGUUUUCAGCUGGGGGACGGGGGUUAACUUUUUUAGAAUAACACAGCUAAAGAGUGUAAUAGUGUCAAGACUACAAAAGUGAUGUAUUUAUUUGGUUUAAGCGGAAGCUCUAGAAGCAAAUGAAUAGGAUAAGAAUCGGCCAUUUUCUGUUCACCUCUUUGCAGGUACAGGGAAGGGGAAAACAUUAAGGGUGGGAAGGGGACAUAAGGUGGGAGUGGCAGACUCCAAAUUAUAUUUUAUCUUUCAUUUUAUUUUGCAACAUGGGGAAUUGUUGGUUUACUCAGUAACAAAUGGAAAAGUGGUAUUCGAAGGGUUUUAUUUAAUUUUCCAACAUAAAAUGGACUGUGGUGCAAUCAAAUUGUUCACAUCACCAAAGCGUCACUUGGCUGGAACUGAAAUCCAAGUCUGCGGCACGCAAACAGAGCCUCUAUGCACGACACUGACACGCUCGUGUCUCGGGGUGCAGCCGUGUUUGUAGGGGGCUGUGCCCGGUUUGCAAGUGGUACUGUGUGUGGUCUUGCAAAUGAGUGGAAAUAAUUUAUUGUACUUUUAUUCAGUUCUGUAUAGAUGAUAAAAUUAUUUUUAUUAAAUAAAUAUUUUGCAGUA